AUGACGCAGGUCACCAAGGUGAACCGUAGGAAAGAAAUAAAAGCCAAGGAAGAGCUUCAAGCCCAAUUCCAGUUGGCAAUAUCGAAGAACAACAAGAAAAUCUUAUCAUGGCUCGAUUCAGGAGAUAAAGAGAGUGCGGUGGCUUCUGUUUCGUCAACCAGUGCCGCUGCUCCUAACUCCUAUGACUUUUCAGCUUCCAACAAUGCAUUUUUCGACUUGCCUAUUGUACCGAAUGGUUCUGGACUUUCGUCCAUGGACUCCUCUAGCUUCAAAGUAGGGGAUUUUAUAAACUCAAAGGAAGGAGACAUCAGUAAUUUGAAGACACAAUCGUCCAACGUUGGGAAGACCGCUCCAGACUCUAAGGCAAUGACCGCCUUGAAGAAUAACUUGAGGACUAAGAGUAGAAAGACCGUAGAGACGAAGUUUAAGGAGCGAGAGGGCCCAAAGAAUUUCAAGCAGACUAUAAAGAAGGCGAAAGAGCUGGGGGUAUCAGACUCUAAAGCAGCGAAACCAGAGGGAGAGGAUGAUGAUGACGAAGAUAUUGCCGCAUUGAGGAGUAGAUCAGUGAAGAAGAGUGGCAUUCAACAGUUUGGAAAGAAGAAAGGUGGUCGUCCUUUCUAG